ACCGGAUAUCCGCCCUGUUUUUCUGGCCCUGGGAAAAUUUGCUACACGUGGGGUUCAGACAUAAAACUUGACGUGUUUGCUGCAAACUUCUAUAUAUUUUUACAGUCUGUAAAGUUGAGUUUAUUAUUUUUUCCCCACAAAGCUUUGAAUCAACAGUUCGUCGUGAUGUUUCUGCAGUAUUACUUAAAUGAGAGCGGGGACAGAGUCUACACUCUGAAGAAGGUUAAUCCGGACGGACAGCCCACUAGCUCAGCUCAUCCGGCUCGGUUCUCCCCAGAUGACAAGUUCUCCCGACAUCGAGUGGCAGCUAGAAAACGCUUCGGCAUUUUGCUCACCCAGCAGCCCAAGCCUGUUCUGUGACGGAGCGGAGACGACGGCGAGAAGAUGGAUGGGGAUCGGAUCAAGAGAUAGCAGGAUGAAGGUCAAGAUGAGGCUGCAAGCACAGAAGACAACUCCUGGCCUAAAUUAAAGGGACUAUUGGUGUCUUGGAUAAUGUGCAACUACGAUUUACAUGUCUUUGAUUAGCAUUCAUCUAAGGUUAUUUUAAUUUCCUUAUGUGACAUAAGUGUUUUCUUGAUGGUUUGUAUUCAGUCAUACCUGUGUUUGAAAUUCAGGUCAAAUAACUUGUUAAAACUGAACUAUUAAAAGUGAAUUGCCCAUUUUCUUUUUGCGAAAAUAAAUAUUUCACAAGC